UGACAUGGUGCACACAGCGGUCGCGGGCUCAGUGCUGGGGCCGAUCCUAUUUUUAAUCUAUCUAUUACCUCUGGGUCAUAUCAUCAGACAACAUAACAUCAACUUCCACUGCUAUGCCGACGACACUCAGGUCUACAUCAAAACACAACCCAAUACCACCAAUACUAUCCAAACACUAAACACCUGCCUGGAAGACAUCCGCUCCUGGAUGACCACCAACUACCUUCAGCUCAACAGCAGCAAGACGGAGGCAAUCCUGAUAGGCACCACCGACCAGCUUGCCAAGGCCGCCAACAUCAGCCCCUCCCUUGAUGGUCAGCUCAUUCCUCUCUCCUCCGUUGUCACCAACCUCGGUGUAAGGUUUGACCCCACUCUGUCUUUCCAAGCCCACAUCAAACAUAUCACCAAGACCUCCUUCUUUCACCUGAAAAACAUUUCCCGACUGAAGCCCUCACUCUCAACUGAUGACAUCAAAAAACUGGUUCAUGCACUCGUCUUCUCAAGACUAGACUAUUGCAAUGCACUCCUCUCCGGUCUCCCAGCCAAAUCCAUCAACCGCUUGCAACUUGUCCAGAACAGCACAGCCAGAGUUCUCACCGGUACAAAAAGGUCCGCACACAUAACCCCCAUACUUGCAAAACUACACUGGCUCCCGGUCCACUACAGGAUCCAGUUUAAGGUUCUGCUCCUCACGUACAAAGCCCUGAAUGCACAAAGCCCAAAAUACCUCUGUGACCUCAUCCAUACCCAGACAUCUACCCGCUCUCUCCGCUCCAGCCACGCUCCUCUUCUUUACAUCCCCCGCACACGUCUCCGAACAAUGGGAGACCGAGCCUUCUGCUCACUCGCCCCGCGCCUCUGGAACUCCCUCCCAGAUCAGCUGAGAUCUGCCCCUUCCACCGAGGUCUUCAAAACCGGCCUUAAGACCCUCUUCUUUCGGCAGGCCUUCCAAUAAACUUUGAGCAUGGUACACCUGGAGUACUGCCAUUUUUAUCGCUAUCACCGACUUUUAUUUUUGUACUUUAUUUUAUAUUUUAUAUUUUGAUUUCUUAUUAUUAUUACAAUUAUUUGUUUAAUCUAUCAAAGUGUAUUAGUAUCCUUUGUUGUUAAGCACUUCGAGAUUUGUCUUGGCAGAUGAGAAGCGCUAUAUAAAUUAAAUGUAUUAUUAUUAUUACAAGUAACAUACAAAAUAAGAGACAAAGCACCUGCCUAAUAAAAAACUUUGAAUCAGGUAGAUGGAUAGGGAAAAAAUAAUCAAUAAAAACGUUUUUCUUGACUGCAUGUAGAUCAAAUACACUUUGGUGAAUGUAGCUGUGUCCUUCAUUACAUUACAUUACAUUACAUUGCAUUUAGCUGACGCUUUUGUCCAAAG